CACUGCAUGCUCAUUGCCUCCUUUCACAGCAAAACCUGGCUGAAAAAAAACAAACAUUGUUAGCAACAAAGACGCUCUGUACACAGUUUUUUGGGGGAAAGGAUCAUAUUUUCCUGUUCCACUAGGUGGAAAAAAAAAAAAAAAACAUGGUAUUUAUCUGUUUGUUCUAAUCAUGGCCAGGCAGCCACACAGCAAGACCUCCGGAGUACCACCGCACCACAAGAUUGAAGCGAGAGAGCUGGAAGCAUUCAACAGCUCACCCAGCAACCUGCCCCCUGAGAGAGCCCUGAGCAAGAUGUACUUGGAAGAGAGCAGGACCAGUGCUACUGUCAACUAUAUGGAGAACACGUAUGAGUUUGCUGUGGCUGCUUCUGCUGCUGCCCCUCUCUACAACCCCUCCAACCUGGGGUUUCACUCUGCUCCCCUGGAAUCCAGCAGCUCAGCCCCCGAAGGAAACCUACAUUCCCUGGGCAAUGUACCAGUGAGCCCCCUUGUGUUCCUGCCAUCCAACCCACAGCUUUCCCCUUUCAUUCACCACCAUCACCAUCAAAGCCAGCAGCUACCCUACUACCUGGAGAAUGAACAGGGCAGCUACCGACUAAGGGAAGCCACCCCUGAACCUAUUUUCAGGCCAAAUAUGGGAAGCAGAUAUCAGGGUGUCAGGGAACAGCUCUCCAGCAUGGGGCAGAAAGGCAGUCCAUCCAAAUUGAGCAAGGAGAUGAGGUUCUGUGCGGUGUGCUGUGACUACGCCUCCGGCUACCAUUAUGGAGUCUGGUCCUGUGAAGGCUGCAAGGCCUUCUUUAAGAGAAGCAUCCAAGGCCUUCUCUCCUUCAUAGGACACAAUGACUACAUGUGCCCAGCUACAAACCAGUGCACCAUCGACAAGAACCGGAGAAAGAGCUGCCAGGCAUGCCGGCUGCGCAAAUGUUAUGAAGUCGGGAUGAUGAAAGGCGGAGUGCGUAAAGACCGCAGGGGACGACCCAUGCUGAAAGUAAAACGCAAAGCAGGUGAGCAGGAUGAGAAGAGCCAUGGUGACAGCCAUGACAGGCUAACCCUGGCCCUGGAGCCCACACCCGUCAACAAUGGGAAGAAGAACUGCACACUGGAUCUAUCUUUUGAUCAGGUCCUCUUGCAUUUGUUAGAAGCGGAACCGCCAGAACAAUACUCAAAACAGAACCACAACAAACCCUACACUGAGAUUUCCAUGAUGAGUCUACUCACCAGUUUGGCUGACAAGGAACUGGUGCACAUGAUAGCAUGGUCAAAAAAGAUACCAGGGUUUGUGGAUUUGACGCUCCAUGAUCAGGUGCAGCUGCUGGAAUGCUCUUGGUUAGAGGUCUUAAUAAUUGGUCUUAUCUGGCGCUCUGUGGAAUCCCCUGGGAAGUUAAUUUUUGCCCCAGAUCUGUCCAUUGACAGGAAUGAAGGGAGCUGUGUUGAGGGACUGGCGGAGAUAUUUGACAUGCUCCUUGCCACCGCAUCUCGGUUUUGUACUCUGAGACUUAAACACGAAGAGUAUGUGUGUCUCAAGGCUAUCAUCCUGUUAAACUCUGUUUUGAAGAUCGAUUCAAGUGGGCAUCAUUCAAGUGCCUUUUCCUUUCUCUCCAGCACCAUGGAGACUCUGAAUGAUAGCCAGACCAUUCAGCUACUACUGGAUAAAAUCACAGACACUCUCAUCCAUUUCAUCGCCAAAUCAGGCCUACCUCUGCAACAGCGGUCCAGAAGACAAGCCCAGCUCCUCCUCCUUCUCUCACAUGUCCGCCACAUAAGCAUCAAAGGCAUAGAGCACCUGUACAACAUAAAGUGCAAGAACAUAGUCCCUCUCUAUGAUUUACUGCUGGAGAUGCUGGAUGCGCACCGACUUCAUUUCCUAGGGGACACUGAGCCGGAGAAAGCAACAAGUUGAGUAAAGGACCGCAUUCUCUGCCCAUUUCAGACAGAAGUGGGAUGAAUUUGCACACAUAAUUGUGAGCAUUGCAUGCUUGAACCCCAACAGCAUGCUACCUACUUUCACAGCAGAGGACUGCAUUUCUUCAGCACUGGAGUAAGCACACUCCGGCACUUAAACUGACAAAAUAAUCUCUUAACGAAAAAGAUCUCUUGCAAUCCUUUUGUGUGAGUGUUUCAGAUUCACAACUAAUGCCUUUGAAUCAACGAGUGUUUCGCAAAGAUCAGCUUCUUUAAUGGAGAAAUUUCAUUCAACAAAAACAAAAUGUUUGUCCGGAAUUUUAGGUUAGCAAUGCUGCGUUUUUUAUAUUCAUAAGUAAAUUGAUGAUACACUCUACACUUCAACAUGAAAUGUUAAUUUGUAAUUUUACAGGGAUAACAUUAUUAAUAACACCAAUACAGUACACAGUGCUGCACUUUGCUACAUCCAUACCCUUAAUUAUUUCAUUGAUCCAUUUAAAACUCUAUUCAGGUAUUAAACCCUUGAUUAUUUAAUCGAUAACCUCCAGAAGCUGCUGUGUUCUGGCCCUGGAGCACCGGAGCUGUACACCCCUAAUGUAAAGCUUUGAUUGGAUGAGUAGUCUGGGAAAAUGACCGGCAUCUGUAGUGUAAAAGACAAAACCAAAUAAUUAUAAAAAAAUAUCAAUGUUGUAGAGAUGUCUCUGAAAUCACGUGACUCACUUAAUAACGAAUAGAGUUGCAACUGAUCUUUUUGUGUUAAAUCAAAACGGUAGCACUUUAAAGGGCAUAUACAUAUUUAACCAUGGUAAAGACUGAGUAAAUUCAAAUGGUGAUUACAUGGUAACUGCUGGUGGACAAAUUGUGUAGUUACAAAGUAAUUACACCAGGCAACAACAUGUUCACAAGGCAAUUUCCCAUGUAAUUGAACACUUGUUUUACCAGCAGUUACUAUAAAAGUAGGAGCCAUUGGUAAUAACCCAAUAUUACAUGGUUAUUCUGCUCUAUAAUCUAAAGUGCUACCAAAUGUAGGUAAUAGACUACCAGUUUAUAAAAAGGCUCACCCCCCCGAUUUUGACCACAUAAAAUAAUAAAUAUUUCAUCAGUCUUUGAUUACAGAAUUCUAUACCCAAUAAUUAUGUGUUUACUUGGCCAACCUAGUCAUGUCAUCUCUCAAGGGGUAGUCUUUUCUAUUUUUUUUCUUGGUAAUUAUAUACAUAUUAACAAUGAAAUUAAUAUAACAUGUACAUUUUGUUAGAUUGUUUUGACUAUAGUUAAGAAUACAAUAUGUUCUGUACCUUACUGUUAAAUUGUAUUGCUCAUCUGUAAAUAGACAGCUGAAUGUAUGUUUUGCUAAUUUGUUAACCGGCCAAAAAAACUAGCUUUAAGUCCUACACUAACUAGUUUUCUGACUAGUGUACAGAUGUACACAUUCAGACAGUUUAAAUUGGUGGGAUUCAUAUCCCAUAAUCAUUGAAGCUUCAAUUAGACAGACCUGCCCUUGUGAAAAGUGCCUUGAUUUUUUUUUUGUGAAAUAAGAAAUGUUAGUAUUAAAGCAGGCAUUAGAAAAGGAUGUAGGAAUUUAGCUUUCUAACAAAUAUUUAUUAUGGGAAAUAAUGUGGAGGAAACAAUAGAAUGCCUAAAUAAAUGGAUCUAAAAUGUCAAAACAAAUAAUCACAUACAUUAUUCUGUGAUGUUGUACCAUUUUAUUUAUUUUCUUUAUUAUGUUUUAAAAAAUUAUGAAAGCUGUCCUACUGUAUUUCACCUCUUCAUUCUUUGUACAAUUCGCAUCACUGCUACAUUCUCAAGCUUCAUAUUUUACAGGUUUGUCCAGUACAUGAUUUCAACCUGAAUGACAGUUUUGCCUAAAAGGUUUAUUGUUGUCGUGUCCUUUAGCAAAAAAUAUGUAAAAACAUGUCAAGUGCAUGAGAUUGGAAUUAAUUAACAUUUAAGAUACCAUGGGCCUCAUUUACUCAAGUGCCGGUAAUUUGUCCAGAACUGAGGGAGGAAAAUUGAGAUGACCGCGCAUGGCAUUUCCCAAUGUGUCACGCCCUAUUCACGAACUAAUUAGAAGUAAAAAUACCGGUCUGGAAAAUUCUAAUUAGCAUACAAAUUGUGGGUGGCAACAGGUCUGAAGUUGCGCACUGUAUUUAUUCUAUUGACAACAAGUGAAGGAGCUUACUUACUGGUAGCAGUACGGAUAAAAAUAUGAGAGGGAGAUAAAAGAAAAUAUGCGGGUAUAAUUUACUUUCAAUUUAAAAUAUUUUAUUAUCUACGCGUCCUACAACAAUGUGAAGCCAACAACGCAUCAGCAUGGUUUGUUUUGUACUGUAUUACAUGUAGGAUAGACAACAACAAAAAAGCCUAUUCAUUUGAUUUUAGUACUGUAUUGUUUAUGCCUGUUGUACAUAUCUAUAUUUCUACAUAAUGUAAUGUGUGCAAACACAUUCAUGUUAUUUUAAUACACACACAGACUACCAUAAGUGGCCACCAGUGAAAGGGUGGUGGUCAGAACUGGUAUGCCAGUUAAAAGAACAACAAAAAAAAGAAAAUGACUGAUUAUGAAUAAACCAGCUGUUGGUGUAGUUUAGAACAGAUGUUAAUAGAUCAUCAGGAAAUGAUUAAAAACGGUCUCAGUUUUAUACAGUAUCAAAUCCUUGUAUCUGUUCUGGACAAACAGUGAGCCUUUGUUUACUAGAAUUGUAUGAUGCCUUUGACUUAUAAUAAUGAAGGUUACAUCAAACAAAAUGUGUCCUGAGACCAGCUGCUUUUGCUUUGUCAACAAUCAGAAGCAUUUGCUGUGCUGCUAUCUCAGCUGUAAUGGCACAGAUAAUAAUGAUGAAAGCGACCAGUAACAGACUCCUGCCUUAAUUAGCAGGUUAAGUGUUACAUCUUGUGUUCACAUUACUGUGUAUUGAUAAUACCUAAACUACCUACUUUUAUUACACUGCUUUUGUACCUUUAGCAAUGCACUACCUAUUGUACGCAGCCUCUUUCAAAACUAUGAAAGAUAUAGUGAUGUGCUUUUUUACUGCUAGUGCACUUUUGUGUGAAACAGCUGUUUUUUGCUUUGUGCUAAAUUUGCUGGGGAAAACUCUGUUUUUUGGCAUAUUUGUAAAGAAAACUACCUUAAUUUUAAAGACAGAUAUACUGUAGUAUGUAGAUUUUACCAUGUGUUUUAAAUUGAUGAACUGAAGUGGAACAAAUAAAACAAAAGUUGCAAGACAA